GUGACAAGAAUCCUUCCUUUGCCAAGGCUCUACAGAAAGGCCCUUGAGUUAGAGAAGGAUCACUUGUGCCUUGUGAGAAUCAGAAAUGGCUUCAGGGGAUUCAGGAAGGUCCUGGAAUCUACGGCUCACUGACUGAACUUGGCUUCCUACGGGACUUGGGGAUGAAGGCUGCCGGCGUCUUGGCCCUGAUUGUCAGCCUCAGCGUCGUUGCAGAAUCCAAAGUCUACACUCGAUGUAAACUGGCAAAAAUAUUUGUGAAGGCUGGCCUGGACAACUUCGGAGGAUUUAGCCUUGGAAACUGGAUCUGCAUGGCGUACUAUGAGAGUCACUACAACACCACAGUCCAGAGAGUCCUGGAGGAUGGGAGCACCGACUAUGGCAUAUUCCAGAUAAACAGCUUCACGUGGUGCAGAAAUAUAAGACUGCAACAGAAAAAUCACUGCCACGUUGCCUGCUCAGCCUUAAUUACUGAUGACCUCACAGAUGCCAUUCUCUGUGCUAAGAAAAUUGUUAAGGAGACACAGGGGAUGAACUAUUGGCAGGGCUGGAAGAAACACUGCGAGGGCAAGGACAUGUCUGAGUGGAAGAAAGGAUGCGAGGUUUCCUGAUCUGGAGCAGGUGCAAGGAUGCGUGGCUGCUAUUUCCCAGAUUUACAAUGAGUAUGGAUCCGUUUCCCUCCCAGUAUCCCAAGAGGGAAUCCAAGUGGUAUUUAAAGGGAAUAAAUAUAUCCAUUUAUAUCUCA